GUCAACGAAAGUACAACACACACCCACUCCCGACACAUAUGCUAGACCAGUGAAUAGAGUUUAAGUCAUUCUCACCUUCACAGCUUCUUCUUCCGCUUCUUUCUUCUUUCCUUUCUCGAGGUGUUAUUUCUCUUGUUCAAGGGCGCUAAACCACAUCUUUCAACCUCCUAAUCCGACUUACGUACCCACUACCGACUGCCCGGCAAUACCAUCUCCAUCCACGACAACCAUCACCGCCAAACCCACCACCUGUCAACACCUCCCUCCACACUCCGCCUCCUCCUCCACAUCGCACAUCGCACACAUCCACGAUGGGCAUCCUCCAAACACUGAUAACCUACCUGACGGCGCACCCUUUGCCUCUUAAAUCCGCCAGCACCUCGGCGCACCUAGCCUCCUACGCGCCUCACUUCCUCGCCUCCAGUGAAGCCACCAAAGACACUCAAGAAACCUGGUACAUCUACGAGCAGCUCCUCCUCGCCUCCCUCCGCACAUCCGAUGACUCCUCCGCGCGGCUGUGUCUACAGCGUCUCGGUGACCGUUUCGGCGCCGACUCUCCCCGAAUCCGCGCUCUAACCGGGCUCUACGACGAAGCCGUCGCCGUCACACCAUCAGACCUCGACGAGAUCCUGAAGCGGUACACUGCCCUUCUCCGCGAUGACCCUACCAAUGUCGCCAUCGAGAAGCGACGGAUAGCACUACUCUCGUCCCUCAACCGACCAGAGGAGGCGAUCUCGGCCCUCACCAAACUCCUCGCUCACUCUCCCACGGACGCAGAGAGCUGGGCACACCUCGCAUCACUCUACCGCUCGCAAGGUCUCUACGCGCAGUCUGCGUUCUGCUUAGAAGAGGUCCUUUUGAUCCAUCCGAAUGCCUACAACAUCCACGCGCGUCUGGGCGAGACGGCGUUUAUCGCAGGCCCCGCGGACGCGGAGCAGCUGGCGGAUGCGGUACGAUACUUCUGUCGGUCUGUAGAGCUGUGUGAGUGGCAUCUGCGUGGAUGGUAUGGACUGCGGUUCGCGACGGAUGCGAUUUUGGCAUCUCCCACGGUGAUUGCAAAGAUCGGCAUGAAGCGACGAAUGAUCGAAGCACUCAAUGCCAAAGCUACCGAACGACUUGUGGAGAUAGUGAGGAGAGCAACAGCAGGAGAGGAAGGAUGGACGGGCUUCGAAGCGGCGGAGGUGCAGGCUGCGGGAGAGCUUAUCGCUGUCGAGCAGCCGGUGAGGUGAUGCGGGUUUGUGUUUUGCGAUGUGAUGAUAAGCGUGUUUGACUUUUUUACUUCUUGACUCGAUCUUGCUUUCUUGUUCCUAUUGGGUUGAAACCGGUGUUAACGGGAAGGGGAACUGUGGCUUGGAUUUGAUUGUAUAUGCUGGGCUGGCUGGCUGGAUUAAUGAGCUUUUUUUAAUUGUCUCCUUCCCGACUCAUCACCCGGCUUUUUUUCGUCACUCUCCCUCAUGAUGGGCGCGAGCAAGUAAGCGAUAUGACUGUGAUGUAUCUUAUAUUUCCUUUACAAAAAUUAUGGUGAUGGGCGAAGUAAGCUGAAGUAGAGCGGGAGUGAGGGAGUAAUUGAACAACCGUGC